CAGUAGCUACAGCGACAGGUACGAUCCUUCCAAGUUCAAGGCAGUCUUACUUUUUGAAGAAAGAUUAGUCAUUAGUGAUGGAAGCUGAAGCUCAAGUGGUUGACCCUCCUUUUCAUCAGGGCGGUCUCUCAGAGGCAUCCUCUGAGAUCCAAACUGUACCCAGAACUGCAGCUGUAGUGAUCGAAGAAAAUGAGAGUGCAGUAAACGAUGCCAGUCAAAAGGCUGUAGGAGAAAUGGAUGAGAAACAUAAUUUGGUAAUUGCUCAAAGUUGUGAUGCAGAAUUUCCGCAAGCCUCAAAAGAUCAAGUUGAGUCAAGGAAUGAUAAACAAAAUGAAGGAACUGUUUCCUUGGAACAGAGUGGUAGUGAAAUGACUGAUGGAACUGGUGCUAUUGGUCAAAACUCUUCAGUCAUAUCAGAGACAUUAAUUGAUGCAGCGUUGACAUCAGAGCGAUUACCCAGCCAACCAGAGCAAAAUUUACAAAAAGAUAAAAAUACUACUGUGAAAUGUGCAGGGUGUGGAAAGGUCUUUGGUCAACCUUGUGCACUUCCAAUGAGAGCUAACAGAGUGAUGCUCUCUCUGUGUGAUGACUGUGAGAACAUAACUUCAGCUAUGUUCAUUUGCAUCAGCUGUGGGCAAGAAUGUAGCAGUCUUGCUGCCCUUCGAGCACACAAACAAACACAUGUAGUUCCUGAGCAGCGCAUCUUUGUUUGUGAAAUGUGUGGUGUGGGUUUCCAGAGGCAGAAUACUCUAGAAGAACACAAAUGUGCAGUUCUUGCAAGCCAGCCAGGUAACAAGUCUGAUGAAAAAGCUACCAGUUUGCAGGAGCUUCAGGUAUCCCUAAGCAAAGGUCGAUCAAGAAAACCCAGGGUAACAAAGAAAGUAAGGGUGGAAGCCAUUGUUAGUACAUUGUCCAAAAUGAGUCAGCAGACUGAAAAGAAAGUCCCUGUAGUAUCACAUGACAUAUCUCAGAAGAAAACACAACCUGUAAAGCAAGUUCAGUCGAAAAGGAAACAACAGGCCCGGGGUAGGAAGAAAACGAUAAGAAAGACUCCUUUGCCAGUACCUCCAACUAAAGCAACACCAACUCUGAAGAAAAAAUUAUUAGUUGACUUUCAACCUCCCUCAACAAGGAGGCCGAGAACUGAAAGGAAAGUUUUAACGAUACCAAAAGUGUUUGAAUGUGAGCAAUGCUCCGAAUUCUUUACAGAAAGGAAAGAGCUAAAAAAACACAAGGCCAUGCAUAAAAAAGAAACAUUUCAAUGUGAGACAUGCAAAAAAGAAUUUAAGUCAAAACCUAGUCUUAAACGUCAUGAGCUUACACAUUCUGACAGACCUACAACUGUAUGUGAUAUUUGUGAUAAGACAUUUCAAUCAAUUCAUACUUUGUUAACUCACAAGAAAACAGUUCAUGUUGAUGAGAAGCCUUAUGUGUGUGACAUCUGCCAUAAAGAUUUUAAGCAGUUGGGUAACAUGAAGACGCAUCGACGCACACAUACUGGGGAAAAGCCAUUUGUGUGUACUGAAUGUGGUCGACCCUUUGCACAGAUGGGUAAUCUCCAGGCUCAUAUGGUCAUCCAUGCUGCAUCUAAACCUCAUGUUUGUGAGAUAUGUGGCAAGUCUUUUUCAUAUAUCCGCAGUCUACAGAACCAUAUGCGAGGCACUCACACAGGGGAGCGUCCCUUUGCAUGUGAAAUUUGUGAAAAAACUUUCUCCAACCAAAGCGUGCUUCGGGAUCACAGACGAACUCAUUCAGACAAAAGGGGCUACCUGUGUGACAAGUGUGGCAAAGGUUUCAAGAGUUAUAAGAAUCUGAAGCAGCAUGAGAAAUUCCACUUGGAUGUGCGUCCCUACAGCUGCCAGGUGUGUGGGAAGGGGUUUGUUUGGUUCAAAAGCUUUCAGCUCCACAAAAGAACACACACGGGUGAAAAGCCAUAUUCCUGUGAUCAAUGUGAUAAGGUUUUCUCCAACAUUGGAUCUCUUAAGUGCCAUAAACGGAAGCAUAUAUAUGAUGGUUCAGCUCCACCUCGUAAGGGUCGCCCCACUUCUAAAACCCAUCCUUCUAAUAUCAAAGGAUCCCCUCCUCCAUCUCCCCCCUCUGCCCCAAGCCAAAUGAUGGUCAUCCCACACCCUAGUCUUCACCCAAUCCCUACUAAUACUAGAGAUCAUAUGAUUAGCUCUAUCCAACAUCAUGGAGAUGGAUCCUCUACUCCUACCACUACUCCAAUUCAUCAUGCCCUACCAACUCAUUCUCAAGCAUACAAUCACGCUGUGUAUCCUCAAGCUCUUUGCUCUUUUGUCACAAAUUCUACUGGAGAUUUUACCAUUCUUUGAUAUUUCACUCAAUGCAUAUAACCAUACACAUCACAAACAUUGUACAUUGUAAUGCUCUACGGCAGGGUAUGUUGACUUUGGUCAUGAAAUGAGUUAAAGAUUCUUUCAGCAACUUCUUCAGAUUCUUAGAAUUUUGCUCAAUCCCUCUAAACUUGCCAUUUCAGUUCAAACAUCUUCAUGGUAUGAAUGUGUAUGACAAGAAUGAUGUGAUACAUGUAUUUUUCAGUUUCCUUUUAACAUUUAUAUUUACACAAUUUCAACUCAAAUGAGGUUACUGCACACCUUUUUCUACUUUGUAUAAAGCCAUUUCAAACGAUAAUUCAUAAGCUAUUUAAUCUCAGUGUUGUCUGCAAUUAGAUUAUAAAAACAACAUAAUGAUUCCAUGACAUGUGCAUGUAUCACUACACUUUUGUUAGAAUGGAAUGUUAGGUGAUACUGAUACUCCAAUAUAGUUGAAGUAAUUUACCUUUAUCAAAGCUUUAGACUGGCUUUAAUUGCACCAAAUGGGAUUUUUUUUAUGCCAUUAAUUAAAAAAACUAUAGAUGCAUGUAAUUGAUUGACCUUUAAAGGGCAUAUCAGGUGUGAGUAAAUGACUUUAUAUUUCUACAUACAAAGUACUACAGGAUGAGACUUGUUAGCUCUGUACAUACGAUAGAAGUAGAAUAGGCAAAGUGUACAUAGAACACCUACAUGUAUUCCUUUUUAGGUACAUUUUGAUUACAGUUAACUCGGUCAAAUUGUUUGGGAGCACAGAAAUCUGUUAAACUUUUGGAGGAAAUGGCUUUGAAGAGGUGUAUAUGGAAGAAUAUUUGACACUUAAAAAUGCAAUGCAAUGAGAUGUAAAUUAUCUUGAAGGUCAAGUCCACCAUAGAUUUUCAAAAAAUCAUUCAAUAGAGAAAAAUCAAAGAAUCAUGCUGAAAAUUUUAUCAAAAUUGGAUUGAAAGUGAGAAAGUUAUGACAUUUUAAAGUUUCUCUUAUUUGUCACGAAAAGUUAUACAUGUAUGCACAACUAAGUGAUAUGCAUAUAGAGAGUUGAUGAUGUCCUUCAUUAUUUCUUUUGAUUUUCAUUGUUCGACUUGUACAAUAUUUCAGUUUUUAUAGAUUUGGCAAUAAGGACCAUCUUGUUUGAACCAUAGAAUGUUGAAAGAAUUGUAAUUUCACUUGGUCAGGGAGGGAAAAUCAUAAAACUUUAUUUCACAUGUCAAUGAUGAGUAAAUUAGAAUAUUUCAUUUUACAUGUAAUGAAAUGCAAAAGAGAAUAGUGAUUGGAUUAUGUCAUUGGUCUCAUUUGCAUAUGGACCAGGAUGUUCUGUGAUAUUCUGUGAAAAUUAAAAAUGUCAUGACUUUCUUAUUUUACAUUAGACUUUUUUUUAGAAAUUUUCAGUGUCAUGCUUGUUUGAUUUUUCUCUUUUCAUUGAAACCAACUGUUUGUUUGGAGGACUUGCCCUUUAAGGAUACAGUGGUCACAUUUUGAGAGAAAGUUAGUCUCGCAAGAAAUGAUAUUUUAUAGAAAGGAGGAUUUCAAUGGAUCCGUCCCAUUUGCUCAUUAUUUAUUUGUUUGUUAUUGACCUGCCACACAUGCUGAGGGGGUCAAUUUACAAAUUUGAAAUUGAUUUGCAACAUUUCAAAGCAAAUGAUCAAAGACGUAAUUACAGUAUGUACAGAAGCUGUAAUGGAUGAAUUGUAUCAAAACAUAAAUAUCUACUUACAUGGUAAUAUUUCUUGAAAAGACGGAGAAAGGAAUAAUGGAGAGAGGAUGGUGGAAUAUGGAAUAAGAAAAUUAAAAGAAUAAAAAUUAAUAAAGCAAAGUUGGUAUUGGGUUAAAAAUGGUUGGAAGUACUGAUUAUAUGUCAUGAAAUGAUGUUUUAUUUUGUUUCAUUGCAUAUCUGUUGGUUUAUUUUCUGUUCUAAACAUAAAAUACAUGUACAGUAUUAGAGGGGUUUUUGUUGGUCAGAACUGCUGUUCGACCUAUUGUGUUUAUGUUCAUGACUGAUAGUAGGCCUAUACUUUUGAAAUAAUAUUCACAUGUUUCUUUGUACAAAACUUAGUGAGACGAAGGUGUGCAACUAGUCAAAGGGCAAUUCAGCCUUAGAAAUAAUAUGAUUUUUUAAGCAAAGUUAUACAAAAAAAGUAAAUGUUGAAAGUUUAAUCUAAGAUAUCAAAGUGUUGGCUAUUUAACAAAGAAAAGAUACAAUAUUGGGAUUAUGUAUUAUGAAAUUAUUAUUUCAUUUUAUAUAGUAUAUUGUGUUAAGUGGUCAUGGAACACUAUUUUUUGUGAGUAUAUGAACUGUACUUGUAAGUUACCUUUUAGGCCUACACUUCUGUAUUAUGUCUCAUAUUGUUGAAUGACUUCUCAGGAGGCUAAUAUUGAAGUGAUCAUUAGUACUAGUAGUGUUUAAUUAUAUUAACACUAUUCUUAAAAUAUUUUGGAUACAUUUUAUUCUGCUUGAAUACACAUAAAUAACUGUCAAUGUCCAACAAUUAUAUCUUAUUGUGAUGUUUCCUUUACAGUGAUUUCACAUAAUGUUAAUAUGUAUUUGUGUAUAUUUGUACUUUCUUAUGUAUAUUAGAGCUUGUAUAUUUUUCAUUUCAGCAUUUUAGUUUGUAUGAUCUUGCCAUGUUACAUUGGCUGUACACCUGAAAUCAUGAGAUCUUUUUUUAAAGAAUCAUUGAUGGAACUGUCGUAUUCCAAAAGGAAAAAAGAAAGAAAUUGAAAUAAAGCAAGUGAUUAGCAACUCA